GGAAAACUGGCAAUUAAAAAAAAAGUUUUUUUGGAGCGGAGGCGGGAUAACAGACCUGCUGGAGGAAAGCCAAGAUGGCGCCUCGCCAAGUACGAAGUACAAACCAUGCGUUGAAUCUUAGGGUAAAAGCACCCGUCUUAGAUACAGACCAUGGUAUACACUCGUCCUUCGUCCGUACCCUACCCCAAUGUGUGGCAUCGCUUCACCAUCCGCCGGCACGGCACCACCGCCAGCCUGCGUGUGCAGGACCUCACCGAAGAAAAGCAUGAUGCCGCACUAGCUCUACUUUCCAAGCAUUUUACCGCAGAUGAACCACCAUGCAAGUAUAUAGGUAUUAACAACUACCCCACAGCAGUAGCGGAGUUGCAGGCUCUAUGGAGGAAGACGAUGAAGGAUAGAUUGUCAGUGGUGUGCGUGGAGGACAAAGACGACGGAUCCUCUGUACUAGUGGGGGUCAAUGUCCUCACUGUUGUCUGCAAGGACGACAAGGAUGAGCCCAUCAAGACGGACGAUAAGAUCUGGGCGAAGUUGUUCGGCGCUGUGGAGCUGGUGGGCCGGAGUGUGGACAUAUUUGAACACUACGGCGUGGAUUCAUACCUGACCGCCUACGGGCUGGUCGUGGCUCCCGAAUGGAGAGGCUGUCAUAUAGGCAAGGAGAUAUUGAAAGCGAGGGUCCCCCUGUGCAAGGCGCUAGGUAUCAAAGUAACAGCCACGGUGUUUACUGCAGCCGCUUCUCAAGCUGUUGCUAAGAAGGCGGGCUUUGCUGAUUUGUUCGAAAUAACUUAUGAAGAACUGGCAAAAAAGGGUUUUGCAUUUCCCGGAGUGGAAGAAGACACUAAAUCCUCGAAGCUGAUGGCUCUGGUCAUUAAUUAA